CUAAAAUAAAAAAAAAUCUACUCGAUUUUCUUUUAAUUCUCCUACUUUCUAUUUAUACUCAUUUACCAGUAUAGUAACAAUGCAGCAAAACCUCAUAGGAACGAAGAAAGGAGACUGCAGCCGCCAUGGAAAGAAUUUGCAAGACGAAGAAAACUCAAGGCCGCCGGAAAAUCGACAUAAUAAAGAUAGACAACGUCAACCACCGACACGUGGCGUUCUCGAAGCGCCGCCUCGGGCUCUUCAACAAGGCCAGCGAGCUCUGCAUCCUGUGCGGCACCCACGUCGUGGCCAUCGUCGAGUCCUACGGCGGCAAACGCGUCUUCACGUUCGGCCACCCCAGCGCCGACGCGGUCAUCGAGCAUUACCUCUCCGGCGGCGGCGGCGGCGCGGGGCUUCACGGCCGGGACGACGAUCCGGUCGUGAAGCGGAGCGAGCAGCUCUACCAGCAGGCGUGGCGGCAGUUGGAGAAGGAGAAGGAGAAGGGGGCGGUGGAGGAGCGGAAAUGGGAGGGCGGCGGCGGGGCCCACUGGUGGGACAUGCCGAUUGACGGCAUGGACGUGAAGGAACUGGAGGAGUACACUGCGGCGCUGGAGGAACUGAAGAAGAAGGUGGCGCUUAGGGUUGGUGAGUUGGAGACGGCGGCGAUGAUGACUAAGAAGGCCUCCGCCGCCGCGUUCUGCUGCGGGAGUAGCUCACCGCCUCCUCUAUUGGAGUAUCAUGACUAUCAUCAGGCCGGUUAAUUUUUUUGAUUAGCAUCACUCAAUCAUUUUUGCUUAAUUUUUUUGAGUUAGUCUG